AUGAGCAAUCCUUUCGUCCAGCGUGUGCGCAAGUUGCGUGUGUAUCCGAGUCUAAACGCGCGCAGCUCUGCGCGAGAGGCGAAGGCUCUCCAGGACAUGCUGAAGAAGAAUCGCAGUGUCGAGUACCUCGAAUUGGGCGCGGACGAAGAAGCGUUCGUUGAUAUCAUCCGGAAACACCACAACGCGCGGAAGUGCAUCUCCAGCAGGACUAUGGAGAAGAACUUGAAGACCUCGACGAAGAAACUGAACAAGCUGUACCCGCGGCUUUUCUUGCCCAACGUCCUACUUGAGUACAAACGCGUCUCAGAACGGGCUAUGGAGAUUUACUACGCCGUACCCGGGCAAAAGGUGCCCGUGUUCUCGGUGUCGAUGCGGCAACCCGACUCGAAAAACGGCACGUGGGUCACUCACAGUGAGGUGCAGGAUCUAGAGGACAUCUCUGACUUCGAGCGACUCGAUGACAUGCGAGCUUGGUCCCAAACUGUCGGGCUAGCGGUCAAUGAAGUGGUAGCAUCGGUGAAUCCAGAGAAGACGUUGAAGGCGGAUGCAGCCGUGCACGUGUUGGUACUUCUUCCUCCAGGUCAGGAGAAGGAACGGUCGGCCAUGGCUACGGAACCGACUAUGAGCGUUUACUACGCUGUGCCCGGACAAAAACUGCCCGUGUUCUCGGUGGCGUUGCGUCAACAUGGCACAGGCAGGUGGCUCGCAGCCCGCGAGGCGGAGGGUCUAGAAGACAUACGGACUUCGAUCGACUCGACGACAUGCGAGCUAGGUUACAAAAUGUCGGACUAUCAGCUGGAGAGUCUCGAUACUCUAGAAGAGGAAGCGGCAGGAGAAAGACGCGUUCUCAAGAAGGCUCGGCUGUCUCAGAUGUCUGGGGCCCUACAUGCGAGUGAGGUCUCGGUGCCGCUUGAUACGAUUCGCGCGUUCCAGGAGUUUGUGAAAACUUCCCUGGCUCUGGGUGUGAUGGAUUCGAUUGAAACCGGCUCGGAGUUGGCCGACGUCACGUGCUUCUUCUUCCACGCGCGCAGCUUGGAUGUGGAGCACUUUUCAGAGUCACAGAUGAGUAACUUUUUCGCGGAUAUCGGCCACCGCUAUGCCUUCACGCGCUCGCUUCAAUCUGGAAUUGCUGCUUAUUCCAGUGGUGCCCCUGGUGUAUUUGAAUCGCUAGUUUGCUUCACGAUCGACCGCGAGAAAUGGCUUCUCGAGUGGUACGAGUGGGAGAGAUGGUUCAAGUUGGAAGCUCUGCGUGAGUAUUUGGAGCACUACAACCCCACUUAUCUCCAUGUGCAGAGCAAGUUACACGCCUUGGACGACAUGCAAUGGGAUGCGCUUAAAUAUGUGCUGAAGAACGAUGGAGAACUGACGAAUCGUCACGUGGAGCACUUUUGUGGUCGAUUCAAUCGCGGCAUCCACGAAAAUGUGCGUGGCAGCUCUACCAGCACGUGCUACUUUUGA